AUGAGUGGUAUCCAAAAGCAAAAUCAUCACCAGCAACAAUCCAACCAACAGCAACAACAACAACAGCCACCUCAAAAUUUCAACAAUAAUAAUGAUGCUUCCAAAAGAUUUGUGAAUGAUUUGAUAUCUUCCAACUCCAAACAGCUGUUGAAUGCUUAUGUUUACGAUUUUUUGAUUAAAUCCUCCUUACCUCAGACUGCAUCCACUUUCAUCAAAGAAGCAGAUGUCCCAACUGACAACAACCAGAAUAAAGCGGUCAAGAACCCUUCAAAAAAAGAGCUUUUACCCCUGGCAAUAUCAAUGGAUGCUCCACAAGGGUUUCUUUACGAGUGGUGGCAAAUAUUUUGGGACGUGUUUAACGCCAGAACUCAUCGUGGUGGUUCUGAAAAUGCUCAACAUUACUAUCAUUUACAAUUAGUUAGGCAAAGAAAAGAGCAUGCGCUACACAGUUCAACGUUCCAUGCUGCCCAUGCACAAGCUCAAAGUCUGUCUGGAAUGCAACAUCAACAACAGCUAAUGUUACAACAACAACAACAUCAACAGCAAUUACUAGCUCAGCAACGUCAACAUCAACAGAUUGGUCACCCAGGUGGUGCAAACGCUGGUGCUGGAAGUGCAAAUGCUGGUAACGGUCAACUUCCUGGCCAGUUUGGACCUCAAAAUCAACAAGGGUUUGUUCCAAACUUUAAUCAAUUUGGUCAAAAUGACACCUUAAUGUCUCCUCAUCAUCAACAUUUGCAACCUUCACAAUCACAACAAGAAGUUCAACAACACUUCCAACAACAUCAAUCACAGUUACUUGCUGGUCAAAAAAGAGGUAAUGUUCCUGCUGGUCCUGGAUCUAUGCCACCUAAUUACGCAAGAUUGCAACAACAACAAGCCCAAGCUCAAUUCCAAAUGAACCAAAUGAGACAACAACAGUAUCCUCAGUUCCAACAGUUCAAGGCUCCCCCAGCUCCCGGUGUACAACCAUUUGCGCAUCAGCAACCUCCAACACCAGGUGUUCCUGUCACUUCGAAUAAUAACACUACCAACAAUUCAAGCAAUAAUACUCCAAGUAAUAAUCCAAGAAAUGCUGCUGGUGCAAGUCCGAAGAUGAAGCCAAAGGUUGAAAGUUCAAGUAACCAUCCUUCACCAUUAUCAGGUUCUCCAUCGACUUUGAAUCCAACAAUCAACAAGAGUGAUCAUCCAUCACCUUUGGCCAAUGUGAAGUCCAACAACAGUACAAGUAACCAUCCAAGUCCAUUGAUCAAUCAGACUGAUAAAGAUAAUAACACAAGUUCGAGUGCUAGUGCCUUACAAGAUUAUCAAAUGCAACUUAUGUUAUUAGAGCGUGAAAACAAGAGAAUGCUUGAUGGGUCCAAAAAGGAUACGAAGAAGGAUAAGAACUCUCCACGCUCAACUUCAAAGAAUAUGCCACCUCCAAAAGUGCUGAAAAAUUCAACACCUGCCUCUUCUCCUGCUGUUGGUGCCAAGUCCGUUCCUGAAAGUUCAUCCGCUACGACGACAACAUCAACCGGUCGUAAGAAGAAAGAACCUAAACCAAGAAAACAAACGAAAAAGAAUUCUCAACUGAAUAACACUUCUGAGCCACCAACACCAACGACUCCAAUGACACCAAACCCAGUUCAAAAUAAUGCGAACAAAAAGGAAUCAUCAAAUUUGAAGGAGGAAAAAAAUUCAUCACAACUGACACCACCAAACUCAGAAAAUGCAACUAACAAUAACAGCACGGAAGAGCAACAACCAUCACAAUCUCAAGCUCAACAACAGACUUCUAAACAACAAGCUCAGGGUCAAGAAAAGGAGUCUAAACCAAGCGAUGAACUGCUGGGGGGUGCAUCACAAAUGAUUUCUGGACACCAUUCACAAUCCAUUUCAAAUGAACUCUAUAAUGAUUUUCCAUUGUCUGAUUUCUCUAAUGAAUUGGCAGGUGAUGAAAAUUUCAACCUUGAGAAUUUCCUCAAUACAGAUGGUGGAGAUUUAGGAACUUUUGACAGUUAUUGGAGAGAUAGUGUUGAAGCAACAGAUUGA